AUGUCUGAAUCAUUUCAAACUGUCCUGACCAAACCAUUUCAAGAUCAAAAACCUGGUACCUCAGGGUUGAGAAAAAAGGUCCAAGUUUUCCAACAACCAAAUUAUACGGAGAACUUCAUUCAAGCAAUCUUAGACGCAAUUCCAGAAGGGAAGAAUGGAUCCACGUUAGUUAUUGGUGGUGAUGGUCGUUAUUACAAUGAUACUGUCAUUCAAUUGAUUAUCAAGAUUUCUGCUGCUAAUGGUAUUAAAAAAUUGAUUAUUGGACGAAAUGGUAUUUUGUCCACCCCAGCUACGUCACACGUUAUUAGAAUCAGAGGGGCCACCGGAGGUAUCAUUUUAACUGCAUCCCAUAACCCUGGUGGACCAAACAAUGAUCUUGGUAUCAAGUACAAUUUGGCCAAUGGAGGUCCGGCACCCGAAUCUGUCACAAACAAGAUCUUCGAUGUUUCCAAGGCCCUUGAUGAUUAUAAGAUUGUCGCGUUGCCUGAGUUUGAUUUAAGUAAAAUUGGCUCUUUGCAAACAGGCCCAAUUGAAGUUGAGAUAAUUGACUCCACUAAGGACUAUGUGGAGAUGUUGAAAGAUACUUUUGACUUUAACGCAAUUAAAAAGUUUCUUACUGAUGCCACCGAGAAGCAAGGAUUCAAGUUACUUUUUGAUGCAAUGAAUGGUGUCACAGCUCCUUAUGGCCAAGUGAUUUUCGUGGAAGAAUUGGGUUUGCCUUCUUCAUCUGUACAAAACUGUAAAUCAUUACCAGAUUUUGGAGGAUUGCACCCAGAUCCAAACUUAACCUACGCAAAGGGAUUAGUUGAUAGAGUCGACAAAGAAAAUAUUGCAUUUGGUGCAGCCUCUGAUGGUGAUGGUGAUAGAAAUAUGAUUUAUGGUGCUGGAACUUUUGUUUCUCCUGGUGACUCAGUUGCAAUUAUUGCUGAAUAUGCUGACGCUAUACCAUAUUUUGCUAGAAAUGGAGUUCAUGGAUUAGCAAGGUCUAUGCCAACUUCCGGUGCAUUGGAUUUAGUAGCCAAGGACAAGGGCUUGAAUAUUUACGAAGUCCCAACCGGGUGGAAAUUCUUCUGUAACUUAUUCGAUGCUAAAAAGUUAUCCAUUUGUGGUGAAGAAAGUUUCGGUACGGGUUCUGAUCAUAUUAGAGAAAAAGAUGGUUUAUGGGCCAUUAUUGCAUGGUUGAAUGUUCUUGCUGACUUCGAUACAAAGAACCCGGAUAAGAAGACUAGUGUGGAAAUAGUUCAAAAUUCUUUCUGGGAAAAGUAUGGUAGGACAUUUUUCACAAGAUAUGAUUUUGAGAACGUUUCUGGUAAGGGAGCUAAUAAAAUUAUUGAAUUAUUGACUUCAAUUGUCGAAAAUAGUCCAAAGGGUACAAAAUUAGCUGAUGGAUAUGUCGUCUCGGAAGGCGAUAACUUCUCAUAUACCGAUUUAGACGGAUCUGUUUCAACGAACCAAGGUUUAUUUGUCAAAUUCGAGAAUGGAUUGAGAUUUAUUGUUAGAUUAUCUGGUACUGGCUCAUCAGGUGCUACUGUCAGAUUGUACUUAGAAAAGCAUUCUUCUGACGCAUCUACCUAUCAAACCAAAGUUGAUGACUAUUUGUCUCAGGAUAUUAAAUUUGUCUUAGAUUUAUUAAAAUUCAAUGAGUUUUUAGGAAGAGAAGAACCCGAUGUCCGUACGUGA